GUGAUCGCCUCAUAUUUUUAGUGCUUCGAAAAGCCUUUCCCCUCGUUCCUCGAGUCCUCACAGUCCUUUCUCUGUCCUCACACGUUCCCACUCAGGUCCUCGUUCUUCUUCUAAGAUGCUGUUCACCCGUCUUGCUCUUGCCUCAGCAGCUACUGCCCUCUUUGGCGUUGCCUCCGCCCAAUUGAGCGUCACCAACCCUGGUGGAUCAAACUUGUGGUGGGUCGCUCAGUCGUCGAACACACUCGAAUGGACAUGCAGCACUUCCCCGUACACAAACUUCACCGUCCUCCUUGCCAACCCCGACAAAAGCAUCCUCGAGGCCCCCUUGGCCAUCCUCGCCAUCGAGUAUAACUACGAUUGCUCUAAAACUAUCACUCAGCAACAGUCUGCCCAGCCUGCCGGAACUGGUUACACUGUCCAACUCGCUAACCCCUUCAACAGCACAGACGUUUAUGCCGAGUCGCAGCCUUUCGAAAUCAAAGCUUUAGGUUCUACAUACCCCACUUCGACUCCUGCUGCCGCUUCUAGCACGGGCAGUAGCACAGGAUCUACCGCACAGACCACCGGCAAAUCUGGAGCUAUGGGCAUGUACGCUCCUGUUGGGAUGAGCGUUGCUGCUGCUAUGGCCUUGGGUUUCUGGGCUGCUUAAUUGUCCGGGACGUGAUGUAGAGGAUAAUAUAUAUUCUAUUGUCUUGGCUCGCCUCAAUUUUGGACUCCUCCAUCGGUAUCAUGUUUGGACCUUCAUGUUGCCGCUUCAAUACCCAUUCCAUCUAGCUCUACUACGGCGUAACAGUACUGGCAGUCGUUGGUUUGUAACUGUUGUGUUGUGAUACCUCUCCUGGGUUCAAUAAAUGUCGAAUUUUAUUGAGCUGUUGUUUCCGCUGUA